CUGUAGCUUGAGCAUAGUUGGCAUCGUCGUUUGAUCCAUUCAGGCAGAACAGCUUCGUGCCCAGCAACGAUGGGCCCUCAGGACUGCGGCUGUGCCACUGGUGGCUCUUGUGCCUGUGCGACAUCCUGCAAGUGCAAAGACUGCCGGUGCACUUCGUGCAAGAAAAGCUGCUGCUCCUGCUGUCCGGCUGGGUGUGCCAAGUGUGCCCAAGGUUGUGUCUGCAAAGAACCCCAGACCGACAAGUGCAGCUGCUGCCAGUGAUGUGGGAACCUCCUUGUAAAUACUACUGUUUCUACAAAUCUGGUUUUCAUUGUGCUGAAAGGUUUUUUUUCUACUUUUCUAUAACGUUAAAUAAAAAUACAAUUACCGAAA